ACAUUUUAGGGUGGCAUUCGCUCCAUACACCCAUCAGCUCCCCGUUUCUCAAGCGAAAGCGUCUCGUCGAGCUCCGCUGGGUAUUGGGGUAUUGGUGACCGAUUUGUCGUCGUUGUCGUUGUCGCGAUUCAGUGCCCUGCCCGUCUGAUCGUUGUCGUCGGUAUGUGUCAGUCCAAUGGUGCGUUUCGAAUCUGAUAGACACAUUUUUAGCGAGAGUGAUUCGAAAAGUAGGCGACAGUAGUGCUCCGACACCUCAGCUUUCCAUCGGGGACGCCGCAGCUACGAAUUACGGCUUUCUCGAAGUGACAGAAGAGUUUUGUUCUAGUAGUUCGCUUUAUCUACGUAGGCGGGAGUUAAUUACGGUUUGGCAUCCAUGACCCCAAAAUCAUCCGUUUGAGAAGUGAUUCUGCAUUGCUCGAUAGUGCCCCGGCACCAGCUGCCCGGUAUCUUCCGCGAGUUGAUCCAAUGCCAGUGUGUGUAAUACUGUUGCCAUCGGACGUCGCGGUCAAGGUGUAAUGGCUAUCGGAAAAUUGUCCAGUGAACAGCAGUGAGCGGAAAAUAAAGUGAUUUGAAAAAAAAAUCAUUCCCAAUUAGAAAAGAAAAGGUUGAAUCGAUCCGUAGUGCAUUUCAACACAUUUUUGUUCAGUGCAAUUCACUUGUGUAAACAUGUCUCCAGCAUUUCUAGCAGUGAUAGCCGUGAUACUUUGUAUUCUGUUUCGGAUUCUAAACGUAAACAGCCAGCCGCAGAUUCCGCAGAUUUUUUGCAAGGAUGGGCAAUUUAUGGAGUGUUUCCACAAGAUUGCACCCAUGCUGAGAGACCCAUACAUUCCAACACGCCUGUGGGGAUUCAGUGGUCACAUCCAGACCAUAAUUCACAGUAUUGUCGGCCGCGUAAAAUGUCCCUGGCCACUGGGAGAGCGUGUGUAUCUCUCGCUGACUGACGGAUCAACACUGACGUACGACCUAUAUCAGCCGUUAAUAAAUUCCAUAGAAGAUGACAUUACGGUGGCCAUCUGCCCAGGAAUUGGCAAUUCUUCCGAAUCGGUCUACAUCCGUACCUUCGUCCACUAUGCACAGUGUCAUGGCUAUCGUUGUGCCGUGCUCAAUCACAUUGGGGUGCUCGACAGCGUCCAGGUUACGUCCAGUCGGAUUUUCACUUACGGCCAUACCGAAGAUUACUCGGCAAUGAUUAAUAAUCUACUGAAGAAGUACCCAACGACGUACGUGGUUUCGCUUGGUUUCUCACUUGGUGGUAAUCUCAUUUCCAAGUACAUGGGCGAGGAAGUCCGACCGGAGAAUGUCAUUGGUGGAAUCUCCAUCUGCCAAGGCUACAAUGCUGAGAGUGGCACCCAGUGGCUUCUUAAGUGGCAGAACUUCCACCGCUUCUAUCUUUACGUACUGACCGAAAACGUAAAGAGUAUCAUAAUGAAGCAUAGACAUGUCCUGUUGUCGGACGACAUCAAACAACGAUAUCAACUUAACGAGCGGGACAUCGCUGCAGCUGCCACGCUGCCGGAACUGGAUGAGGCCUACACCAGAAGGGUGCACAAUUUCAAUAAUGUUCGAGAGAUGUACAUUUGGAGCAGCUCGGUAAAUUACCUCGCAAACAUCAAGCGACCAAUGGUAUUCGUUAACGCCAGGGACGAUCCGUUGGUGCCAGAUUUGCUACUUGAACCGAUCAAGCAGUUUGCAACGACAGAGAAUCAAUCGCUCUACAUCGAACUUGCCAACGGUGGUCAUCUCGGCUUCUAUGAGGGAGGUCUCAUCUAUCCGAAUCCGGUCACCUGGUUGGAUCGGGCACUGGUUUCACUGAUCGGUGGCAUUGUCAUGUCCCAUAACGAUGUGCUGGUAGCCAAAAGGACUACCGUCAUUUAAGAUCCACUUUCAUUCCCCUCGCCAUCAUUGUCCUAUGGAAGCGCGGCCUCAUCCAACCGAUUUAUCGGAUGGUUCCGCAGUUGGUUUUCACCAGUAGUGGCCGCACCUUCCACACCUUCUCUAUGGAGCAUCAUUUUGGUUCUAUCGAAGCAGCUCCUAUCGACGGUUCUGUUGAGGAAUCGUCGCACCAAAUCACUUUUAUUGACUCCGGCCUCAACGCCAUUGCAACCGGAAAUAAAAGACUUCAAAGAGCCACAAAUUCUUCAUUGAAGUAUUGCACACAUCAAAAGUAGACCAUGGCGAAGGGAAUGUGGAUUGAGGGAAAACUCAGUCAGAUAUAAAUUGGACACCGAUUAUAUCUGCACAAUAAGAAAAUCUAAUUGAUCAGAAAAUCCUACGUAAUUGAGACAAACCGACCGUACUAAGUCGCUAAAUUAGCUAGAACAACGUAGAACGUUUUUGGGUGCCCUCUAGAAUUGCUUAUCGUACGGAAUUGAGCAGUGAAAAUUAUGAUCAUCGUCAAGUAUAUUUUAAGUUUUUUUGUAUUACUCAUUCCGCGCUAAACAAUGCGAGUAUUUAAGCCUGUGUAUUUAUAAGUAAUCAUCGGUAGAUUGGACCGAAACAGAAAAAACACGAUAUUGGAAUUGAACAAGAACCAUGUGUGGUGUUUUAUUGUGAUAAAUGUAUGUUGAAUCAACUGUUUGGCGUAUAAGAACUAAGCUACGAAAAAAUGGCUCAUCGUUAUAUGAAAUCUAUUUUCGAAAAAAAACGAAGAGUGGUAAGAAUGAUUGAUUGAACAUUUAGCAGUGAUGGCAUUAAUGGUUCUAAUUGAUUUUUAACAACGCUAUAAGAAUAAAGAAGCAAACUUUUCCAACUAA